UUCUCCGAAGCUCACCCAGCUGUGUGUGUUCGUGUAAUCGCACUGCCUGCUUCCUGCUUGUGCGCUCCUGCGUUCCAUCUUUUAUCUACUGUGUAUUGGAUUUUUUAAAAAAAAUUGCUUUGUUUUUUUUUGUGGGGUUUCAGUUUAGGAAAGAUAAUCUGAAACAGCACUUUUUUAUUUGAUUUUUUUUUGCCCCGUGUCUUUCUUUUACCCUCUUCUGACUACCAGCAGCCUCAGUGGGCAGUGUGUGCGGUAUGGAGGGAGAAAGCACCACAGCGCUCCUCGGUGGGUUUGUUUUUGGCGCCCUCGCCUUCCACCAUUUGAACUCCGGAUCAGACACCGAAGGAUUUCUUCUUGGAGAAGUCAAAGGAGAAGCAAAGAAUAGCAUCACCGACUCCCAAAUGGAUGAUGUCGAAGUGGUUUAUACAAUAGAUAUUCAGAAACAUAUACCAUGUUAUCGACUUUCAAGCUUUUACAGUUCAUUGGGUGAGCUCAACAAACCAGCCUUGAAAAAGUUACUUGCAUGCCAUAGAAAGAAUGUGAUAGGCUGGUACAGAUUUCGACACAACACUGAUCAGACCAUGACGUAUCGGGAAAGGCUGCUUCACAAGAACCUGCAAGAGCAGCUGUCAAACCCAGGACUCGUCUUCUUAUUAUUAACAUCAAGUUCGACAACAGAGACAAAAUCCACCCACCGGAUGGAAUAUUCUUUACAUAAACCUCAAGACAGUGUUUUUCAGAGAGUGCCACUGGUAGUUUCCAACCUCGGGAUGUCUGAGCAGCAGGGCUAUAAGACGGUUUCUGGGUCAUGCGUUUCUAUCGGGUUUAGCCAAGCAGUGAACAAGCACAGAUCGCACUUCUUUCACGAAGAUGACACUUUAAAAGAAGUUAAUAAAAUCAACAAUUUGUAUCUGAGCCUUCAGGAAGAGCUAAAGAAAACAUGCAGUAGUGUGCUAGAAAGCGAGAGAUCGGUGGAAAAGCUUUUGCAAGAAGUGAAUGAUAUUAAGAACCAAAUUGCCGAAAAGAAAAGGCAGCUUUGUCUGAAGUCAGGGGAAGAGCAUACUGCAAAUGAACUUCCGGAAAAUGUUCUCUUAUGUGAAGCCUUACAUAAAUUUUUUCCAAGUUCUGUCCUCCUACAAACAUGCCGGCUUUCAGCGACUGGAAGGCCAAUCCCACAUAGCUGCAGCGUCAACCACGACCUACAUCAGGCCGACAAGCUCACUUUAAUGAUCAGCCAAAGUGACUUCGUAGAAACCCGGGCAAGGCGGACAAAAAAGAGAAAAGCAAUGGCUAUUCAAGAUGGAGCACAAGCAGUAAAAAAGACCCGGUUUCUGCAUCUUCGCAAGACCCGUUCUCUCAGGGGAGAGGGUGAGACUAGCGACAGCGAAAAGCUGCCACUUACCAGUGGCACAGAAACAGAUGAUGAUAUUUGUGACAGCUUAAAGAUGGAGUGCUCCGUGCCACAGUCCCCAACCUUCUAGAUCUGUUUAAAAUGUAUGUCUACAUACAUAAUAAAACAUUUUAUUAAACACGUGGUAACUUUUCUAUA